GACCGAUCGACCCGGCUGGGAGACAAAAUAUAAACCCCACAGCAUCAUCCACGCGGCAACCCAAUUUGUGUGCAACACGCUCUUCCCCCAAACCUCCCCUGUUACCCGCCUUCUUCUUCCCUCCGGCUCCACCUUCAACAUACGACAAUCACAACAGGCUGCAGCCUUCAGAGCACUUUAUCGACGUGAAACCCUCGCCAUGGAUUUUUCAGGCGAAACGUCUCAGCAAUCUAACCCGUACAUUAAUGUCAACGACACCAAUCCUUUGCAAUUCACUAUUCAUUUACCGACCUCGACCUCGAACCCUAACCCUAGCCCUAGCUCCAGCUCCAGUUUUUCAGUCCAGAGCUCGGAUUUGAGCUAUGCCACUACGCAGACCAAUUCGGUUCCAAAUCCGUAUUUCCCUCUCUCCAUCCCCAGAAAGCGCCGGCGAGGUCGACCACGCAACACGACGUCUCCGCUUAAUCAGGUAUAUAGCAAUUUACCUACAUUUUCGAAUUCCAACGGGGAUGCGUCCUCGUUGGCUUCUUCGUCAGGUCAAUUUUUGAAUUCCCACCCUCAUAUGUUGAAUCCCAAUUUCAAGUUUAGCAUCAAUGGUAAUAGUAAUAGUAAUAGUAAUAGUUCAAUCUCAAGAAUUACGCCCCAGAAUGCGAAUGCUGAUGUAUCUGAUGAGAUUAUUGUGAUAAAUAAAGAGGCCACUGCUGAGGCGUUGAUUGCUUUAACGGCUGGUUUCCCGGCUGAUUCUUUAACUGAAGAGGAAAUUGAUGCUGGAGUUGUGUCUGUAGUAGGUGGAAUAGAACAGGUUAACUACAUUUUAAUUAGAAAUCAUAUCAUCACAAAGUGGAGGGAAAAUGUGUCUAGAUGGGUCUCGAAAGAUAUGUUUUCGAAUGUGAUACCUAAGCAUUGUAGCAGGCUGUUGGAAACCUCCUAUGAGUACCUGGUUUCACGUGGAUAUAUUAACUUUGGGGUUGCGUCAGCAGUUAAGGAGAGGAUCCCAGCUGAGCCGAGUAAGCAGAGAGUUAUUGUCAUUGGAGCAGGGCUUGCUGGGCUUGCUGCAGCUAGGCAGUUGUUGGCAUUUGGUUUUAGAGUUACCGUCUUGGAGGGGAGGAAGCGUGCAGGUGGAAGGGUUUAUACUAAGAAGAUGGAGGUAGGAAAUAGAAGUGCAGCCGCUGAUUUGGGUGGGAGUGUGUUGACUGGUACAUUAGGGAACCCACUUGGGAUUUUAGCACGCCAGUUGUCACACACACUUCACAAGAUUAGAGACAAGUGCCCACUUUAUAGAGUGGAUGGACAACCAGUUGAUGCGGAUUUAGAUCAAAAGGUGGAAAUUGCUUUUAAUCGACUGUUGGAUAAGGCUAGCAAGCUUAGGCAGUUAAUGGGGGAAGUUUCUCAGGAUGUUUCCCUUGGUGCAGCUUUGGAGACUUUUCGCCAGGUCUAUGGUGACGCGGUUAACAAAGAAGAGCUGAGCUUAUUUAAUUGGCAUCUUGCAAAUCUUGAAUACGCCAAUGCCGGAUUGCUUUCCCAACUUUCUCUCGCAUUUUGGGACCAGGAUGAUCCAUAUGACAUGGGUGGUGACCAUUGCUUCUUGGCUGGAGGGAAUGGACGAUUAGUUCAAGCAUUGGCUGAGAAUAUUCCCAUUCUAUAUGAGAAAACAGUGCAAACCAUACGUUAUGGUAGCGAAGGAGUUCAGGUCGUGACUUCUGGGGGCCAGGUUUUUGAUGGUGACGUGGCAUUGUGCACUGUCCCCUUAGGUGUCUUGAAGAAUGGAUCUAUAAAGUUCAUUCCUGAGUUGCCUCAAAGAAAGCUGGAUACCAUUAAACGAUUGGGGUUUGGAUUGUUAAAUAAGGUCGCUAUGCUUUUCCCCCAUGUGUUUUGGGGCACCGAUCUUGAUACCUUUGGGCACCUCACUGAUGACAAUAGCUCCAGGGGAGAGUUCUUUUUAUUCUACAGCUACGCAACUGUUGCUGGUGGUGCCCUAUUGAUUGCGCUGGUGGCGGGAGAAGCUGCACACAAGUUUGAGACCAUGCCCCCAACUGAUGCUGUUACUCAUGUUCUUCAAAUUCUUAAAGGUAUAUAUGAACCCCAAGGAAUUGAGGUCCCAGAACCAAUCCAGACAGUCUGUACCAGAUGGGGUGCUGAUCCCUUCAGCUUAGGUUCUUAUUCUAACGUUGCAGUGGGGGCAUCUGGGGAUGAUUAUGACAUUUUAGCAGAAAGUGUGGGGGAUGGUAGGCUUUUCUUUGCCGGGGAGGCCACCAAUAGGCGCUAUCCAGCAACAAUGCAUGGGGCACUUCUUAGUGGAUUCAGAGAAGCUGCAAAUAUUGCUCAAUUCACUAGUGCCAGAGCUACCAGGUCAAAAAUUGAGAAAAAUCCAUCAAAGAAUGCACAUUCAUGUGCAUCUCUCCUUGCAGAUCUAUUCAGGGAGCCAGACUUGGAAUUCGGAAGCUUCUCUGUAAUUUUUGGCCGGCGAAAGGCUGAUCUUAAGUUGAAAGCAAUUUUGAGGGUUACUUUCAGUGGAUCAGGAAAGAGAAGGCAUGAAGGGCUGAGACCAGAUCAACCAUAUUCUAACAAGUUACUAUUUCAGCAGCUUCAGUCUCAUUUUAAUCAGCAACAAGAGCUUCAUGUUUAUACUUUGUUGAGCAGGCAGCAAGCUCUAGAGCUUAGAGAGGUCAGAGGGGGUGAUGAAAUGCGGUUACACCAUCUCUCAGAGAAGCUUGGAGUGAAAUUGGUUGGGAGAAAAGGUCUGGGACCAUUAGCGGACUCUGUCAUCGCUUCCAUUAAGUCUGAAAGGGCUAAAUCAGGCAAUUCGAAGCUGAAAUCAGCUACUUUGAAGCAAAAGAUGAUUAGGAAAGCUAAAAUACUGCGUAAAAGAAAUGGCAAUGGUCCAGUGAACACACCAACAGAAGUUAAAGAAGAUGGCACCUGCAACAACUCUGCUAACCCGAAUCGUAGUUUGGGUUCUAAAUUGCCUGGCAAUGUUGUUGGCCCGAAUUUGAGUCUAGAUUCUGGAGCUAGUGUUUUGGCCAGCUGUAAUAGCUCCACCUCAAGUACCUUAGUUGAAGUCAAAGUUGAAGGCUGUCCUAGUUUAAUCAAUCCCAAAGUGGAUAAUAGUGCCACCAUUACCUUCCCAUCAAAUCUUGACAUGUUUUCUGGGUUUGUGGAUCCUAUGGUGUCUAAUUUACCUCCAACCUCAAUCAAUGGUGUUUCGGGCAUGAAAAAUGAUGACGAGAUCAUCCCUGCCCCACAUUCAGAUGUUGGACCUAUCUUUGUGGGAAGCAUUGAUGAGUCAUCCACUCUCAAUUUUGAAGCUGCGGAAAACUUGGUAAACAAUUUUAGCAAUUCUAUGCUGGGUAAUAUCUACGAGGAUAAUAUGUUUGGAUUUACUCCGCCCUCAACCUCGAAUUCUGGUAGUUGGUGAUUCCAAAAAAGUAAAGCAUGGAUGGUCAUCUCUUCAGGGUAAAGUUUCUAAGCAUAUGUCUUUUGUGUGCUGGGAAUUCAUCUGUUUCUUCUGGUGGGUUUGGUUACAAUUGCUAAUUUUUUAUUCAGAUGCCUCUUUUUAUAAUAUUUGAAUUUCUAUAUUUUAUCAAAUUUUUGAUAGGUUUGUUUAUUUAGUGAUGGAAUGAUGUAAAGAAUAUCGGCAAUCUUUAAGUUUUAUUUACUUGUUACAAAGUGCAGCUGAUAUGUGGAUGUCACUGAGGGCUGCUUAGCCAUUGUUUUUGCUAUUUCCCAUACAAUUCUUUCUGUGUAGUAGUGCUCACAUACUCUAAGCCAAGGUCCCUUUUGACUUUGCAGGUUGAGAGAAGAUUUUUGGGCCUGACUUAGUGACGUACUACAAUUUGUCUCUUCAUCUUUGCUGAGAAGGUGAGCUAUAUACCUUUCUGACAGACUGCUUUCUAGCCUUUUACUCAUGUUCCUCCAAAAUAGUACAUUCUCCCCUAAUAGAAACCUGUUAUGUUUUUUUGUUGAAUAGGAGGCAAAAUUCGAUGAAUUUCCUAUUCUAAUUUGCCAAUCUUUUCAUUUGACUACUUUCCAACUUUUGACGCAGCCUUGCCAAAGUGGGAACAUGUGUAAUUUAUUGGUGGCUGCUUCUGCAUUGAUAUAUCUACAGAAGCUCAAGUGUUUAUACAUUUCGGCUAUGUUGCUCCAAAAGGGAACUUGCUCUGAAAGGCAACUUGCUGCACUAGCUGGAAGAUACAGCAGGAUCUCUCUUUACAAUUUUGUCUUAACACUGCGUUGCAUUGUUGUCUCGGAGUUAAUUGAGUUUUUAAAGAAGAGGAUAUCAUUAUAGUUUAGGAUACAUUCAUUAUUGAUCCCCUUUCAUUGUAAAGAAAGCUGUAUAGUGUAAAUUUGACGAGUUUAGGGUACAAUCUUCCAGAGGAUAGCCUAGAAUACAUUUCUUUUUGUCAUUUCAGUCAAGUCAAUGCCUGUUGAAAGGUUAGUUGUGAUUAUUUGGCGUUGUCUUGAAAGGAAUCGAGCAGGAUGCAACAUUUUUAUCCAUGGAUGGAGAUUAUAUUUUCUUUUGGCUUUGAAUUUACAGAUUAUGCGACAUAACAUUUGCUUCUGUUUUUUAUCCUC